CCAUGGACCAGCCGGAGACGAGAUGGAGGCUGGCAUAGGUUUAUGAGAGGACUGACAUCGCGGAGGGAUCAGAUUCGACAUCAUGGACAAAUUUGGCCCCGACUUCCCGAAACGGGAGUGGAGCCAAAGGCUCAGUCUAAGAGGCAGCAGGAGGAGUCACCAGGGUGAGCUGCAGGGCUCGGUCGGUUCGCGAACCGUGACCGGGUCCGGGAGGACGACCAGGAGAUGGGCCAGUCUGAGACAGCACGUGACCCACGGGGCGUCGAUCGACGGAUCGAAACCUGCGGUCGAGCUGCUCCUGGAUCCCCCGAACUCGCUGCCUGGAACCCCGGUUUCUCAGCACUCGCCCAACACGCCCCGCACCCCCCACACCCCGAUCAAAAAGUCCAACUGGGAGGUUAUCGAACAUUUCACCGGCGCCCCCCGACCCUCCAUCGUCACGAUGAGCCGAGACUCGGAAGUGGGCAUCGCCAUCUCACCUGGAAGAGAGACCUCGACGAAGACGACGAAUUGCGUCGCCGUCACGACGAACGAGAGCAAGUGCGCUUUCAGCAGGUUCGUCAACGCCCUCUGCGCCUCGCAUCGCUUCAAGAACUUGCAGGUGGAGAUGCUGUAUCAGCGGUAUUUCCUGCGGAUGAACCAGAGCAACAUGACGCACGUCCUGGGACUCCUAGCAGGCCUGGCCUUCGCCCUGGGCCUUCUUUUGAUCCUGAGACUGAUAUUCACGGGUGGACAACCCCUCCUGGACCUCCUGCAGCGUCCCGAGAAUCUCUUUCUCGCCCUCACCCUUGUCACGUGCAUCGCCAUCUACGCCGGUCUGGUGGCCGCCAUUUCCAGGCCGAGAAUGAACGAGGUAUGGCUGGCAGGAGUCAGUGGUGCCGUUCUGGUCACCCUGUUGGCUCUUCAGGUGAGCCUCAGCAUCCACCUGGCCUACGUGCAGGAACUCGAGGAAGCCGAAGAGGAGGAGAAGGGCACCCCAUGGACCAGGGGGUUCCCUACAGGGGGCCCCCUGGCCGCCACGUGGGCGGUCUGCUUCUUCAUCUACAUGGCUUACGCACUUCUUCCCAUAAGACUGAGACACGCCUGCGUCGCCGGGGUCGUCUUCUCCGUCGCGCAUCUCAUUGGUGCUCUUCUCCUGUACCCUCAGGAUUACCCUGGUCUGCUCGCGCACCUGCUGAGCUCCAUGGUCGUGGUCGGAGGAACCAACGUGGCCGGCGCCUUGACCCAUCAUCCUCGAGAAUUGGCGCAACGUCAAGCGUUUUUGGAAACUCGUCAGUGCGUCGAGGCGAGACUAACGACGCAACGAGAAAACCAGCAACAGGAGCGGCUUUUAUUAAGCGUACUGCCGAGACACGUGGCCAUGGAAAUGAAGGCAGACAUCGCCGGGAAACCGAAGGACACCAUGUUCCACAAGAUCUAUAUCCAGAGGCACGAGAACGUCAGCAUCCUCUUCGCCGAUAUCUGCGGUUUCACGUCUCUCUCCGAUCAGUGCACGGCGGAGGAACUGGUGAGGCUUUUGAACGAGCUUUUCGCAAGGUUCGAUCGAUUAGCUGCCGAGCACCAUUGUCUAAGGAUCAAGCUCCUGGGGGAUUGCUAUUAUUGCGUGUCCGGCCUUCCGGAGCCCAGACCCGACCAUGCUCACUGCUGUGUCGAGAUGGGACUGGACAUGAUCGAUGCCAUCACGCUCGUUCGAGAGGUGAUGGCGGUGAACGUGAACAUGAGAGUGGGCAUCCACACUGGUCGAGUGCAUUGCGGAGUACUUGGGCUCCGAAAGUGGCAAUUCGACGUGUGGAGCAACGACGUAACGCUGGCGAAUUACAUGGAGAGCGGCGGAAUACCAGGGCGAGUCCACAUCACCAAAGAGACCUUGGCUUGCCUAGAUGGCGACUACGAGGUGGAAGAGGGUCGAGGUGGCGAGAGGAACGCCUACCUCAGGGAGCACAGCAUCCAGACGUACCUCAUCGUGCCCGGAGACACGUUCAGAGAUAACGUGAACUCCGGUCUGAGGAAGGGCUACUCUGCCAAUGGGAACGUGUCAAAGGAGAUGAGAGUCAUGGGGCACGGAUCCCAGCACGGUAAACAGUCCAAAUUGGGCUUUGGAGAGAGCGUGGAAGGCGAUAAGGACCCUGAAGACGAGGUAAACGAAUACCUGAUGAGAGCCAUCGACGCCAGGAGCAUCGAUCGUCUGAGGUCCGAACAUUGCACGCCUUUUAUCCUGACGUUCAGGAGACCCGAUAUCGAAGAGAAGUACUCCUGUGAGAGGGACCGGAUGUUGUCGGCUUACUUCGUGUGUUCUGGCUUCGUUUACAUCGUCGUCAUCGUGGCAAUCGCCAUUACUCUUCCUGGGAGCGUCUACUUCUACGGGUGUACCGGCGUCAGUCUGUUCGUCAUUGCAGUCAUCAACGGCAUUCUUCUUGCGGAAAAGAAUGAGGUAGUUCCACAACUGGUGAGAAGCAUCUCGAUGCACAUCUUUCAGAACAGGAUCGUUGCCCAGAGCAUCGCAUCGACGGUCGUCCUUUUGACGUUCAUCACGGUCUUAUCGCCUCUGGUGACUCUCGGCGGAAGCGACGUCUGCAGCAAUAACACUUUACGACAGGCCGAGUGGCUCGAGAACUCCACCAUCAUGGUCCACAGCAUCCAGCCAGAAGUCGGCCCGUGUUAUUACACGCUCUUCAUCGACCUCUUCCCAGUCCUGGUGAUGUUGGUGAUGGUGACCUGCGCCGUCUACCAAAUCCUGACGUCGGUCUUCAAGGUGGCAGUUCUGAGCGUCGUCGUGGCGUGUUACCUUGGAGUGACCAUUUGUCAAGCGAUGGAAGAGGACGAGAUCGAGCCAGCCGGAAGAUGGCUGGCAGGAGUCUUGGUGGUCUUCUUCAUGGCGUGUUUGGUGGCACAUUCCCAACAUACCGAGGCCACCUACAGGCUGGACUUCCUCUGGAAGCUGCAGGCCACCGAAGAGAAGGAAGAGAUGGAGCAUCUCAAGGCCUACAACCAGAAACUUCUGGCGAACAUCCUUCCGGAACACGUGGCUGCGCAUUUCCUCUCCACGGUGAACUCCGACGAGCUCUACCACGAGGAGUGCGAGUUCGUCUGCAUAAUGUUCGCCUCGAUACCGAACUUUUCCGAAUUCUACGUCGAGCUGGAGGCGAAUAACGAGGGCGUCGAGUGUCUGAGACUCCUGAACGAGAUCAUCGCCGACUUCGACGAGCUGCUCGCCGAGGAGCGCUUUAAAUACAUCGAGAAGAUCAAAAGCACAGGAGCCACGUACAUGGCCGCGUCUGGACUCACGAAGAGCACCUGCGACAUGAAGGACUUCAAGCACGUGACAGCAAUGGCGGAUUACGCCCUCAGGAUUCGGGAACAAUUGUCCUACGUGAACGAGCACAGCUUCAACAACUUCAGGAUGCGAGUCGGCAUCAACAUCGGUCCAGUUGUUGCUGGAGUUAUCGGGGCUAGAAAACCUCAGUACGACAUUUGGGGGAACGCGGUGAACGUCGCCUCCAGGAUGGACUCCACGGGGAUCCUGGACGGGAUCCAGGUGACGCAGGAAGUCCGGGACAUCCUGGCUGCCAAAGGAUAUCCUAUGACUUGUCGAGGGAGCAUCCAAGUCAAAGGCAAGGGCAGCAUGGUCACGUAUUUCUUGGAUGGGGCCAGGCAACCUGAUAACGCCAAAACCCCCCCGGAACAGGGAGAUGAUAAGGCGAAUUGCAACGAAGAGAAAUUGUCACCUAGCAAUGGAUCGACUCGGUAAGAACUAAAUUGCUGAUGCCUCGAAGUGCCGAUAUAGAAGUUGCUGGGUACUUCGCCGUCUAUGUGAAGAAGAAACGAGCCACAAAAAAUACGGCCACUGAAUGGGGACUAAUCAGCAAUUUGAGCAAAAUUGCUGUUGAGAUGAAUACGACAUAAAUAUCAAAUAAAAAAAUAUCAAAUCAUGAAAUUCUGACAAAUUCCCGUUUUGUCUCGGUUUGAGGAAAAUUGCUGAUGUGUCGACUGAAGAUCCGACAUUGGUAAUCCGAGUCAUGCACACUUUGCAAUUGAUAUAAAUUGCAUUACCAACCGAGGAUAUCAGGUCACUGAUUGAUGAGAAAUCGACGUUUUGACUCGGCUGGUGAGAAUAAAAUUGCUAAAGUGUCGAUUCGAAAAUUGGAAUCGAUAAUCCAAGUUGGAGCAUCCCUCAGCAGUAUGUACAUGGAUUGGUAAUGCAGGAUAAUACAUCAGUAAUUAUCGUUAACUGCGACACCAACUGCGGAUACCAGGUUGCUAAUUCCUAAGAAACCAGCGUUUUAACUCGCUCUAUGAAUAUAAAAUUGCUGAUACGUGGACGCGACCUCGAAAGCCGGUAAUACAGGUCGCUGCGUCUUUCUUUACCACUCGGAUACCAACCGCCGAUAAAAUGGAGAGCACCGCAAUUCCCAUCUACAUUAUUCGUACCCAUUGGGACAAACGGGUUCCCCAAGGACGGAAAUUUCCUCGCUGGUCGAUAAUUGCUCCAGUUGAGAUUCUGCAUCGAUAUUCGCCCCUCGAGGCGUACUUACUUCCACUUUUUCUUUUUGCAAACUGGUCUAACAGGUACGCCGAGAAAUCCCUCCGAGAACGUUCGCGUAUUACACGUUCGGUAGUCUUCGGACAAGGAUUCAACCGUCAAGAUUUUAACGAUUCAUUUCCCCUUAUUUAUUCUUCUCUUGCCGAACGUAAAUUAAGGUCGGAAAACGCUCACUUCCGGUCCUGCGUAGACAUACAAAAAUGUACUCGAAGUAUAGAAGGAUGAUAAUGACGGUCCGGAAGAAAAAUUCCAUUUUGAGCAGGAAAAAUUGCAAGAGGGACUCGGAUUUUUCGCAAAACAAAGGAAAGAAGAAAAAAGCACGAUACAACGAAACCGUAAAGAGGAAAAAAAAAAUACGAACGUCGGUAGGGACUUUAUCGAAGGGGACCACGGAAUGUGUUAGGCGAAUAAGUUAGUGAGAAGUAAGAAAGUAAUUGAAGCGUACAACGGACACAUAGUUCAUCCUCUGGCUGUAAUCAGACUAUAUGAAUAUAUAUAUAUAUAUACAUAUGAAUGUAUAAAGGAAUCUAUAUUCUGUCGUAUAUAAUCUAAAAUGCAGCAUGCUAUCACAGAGAUGUUGCAUCGCGUUGCAAUAUCGAUACAUUACUGUACACAGCUUAUCGCUGCAUACAGUACGCCGACUACAUAAGGACACUAUGUACAGGUAUACUACAUAACUCGUUAAAUUCCCGAAAUCGACAACUACGAACUUCCGAAGGCUCUGCGAAUUUUACAAUCUGGCUACGACACAUAGACGUGGGUAAUUUAUGUACGCCUUAAUCUAUUUCAUGUACUAUAUGAAGGGAGCGUAUAAAAGCGUGCAUAGGAUCCAUAUACCUAUUUCUAUGUAUAUAAUCGACGGUAUGUUAUAUGUGCCCAUAAUUAUGAAAGUGGUCUAAGUGAUAUAUUUUUUGUUUCGAAAUUACAUUGAAUUAAUUUCCUUUGAAAUAAUAUGGCGUGAAAUAACUGAUAAACUCAUUUUCUUUUUUUUCAUUUUGACUUAGACCACUUUCAUAAUUAUGGGCACAAGUAUACGUGCACAAAAUGGCAAAACAGUCCGAUUUAGACAGUUCGUAGAGGUCGAUCCAAAAUGCAGUGACUGAUAACAAACAAUUGCACGUGUAAACGAAUCGCCGUUUGAAAUCCUUAUCUGUGAUUACGUUGACUCUAGUUUCGCCUACCAAAGAUCAAUUAUUAAAAUCGCCAAGCGAACGAACCGAGGAAACGAUCAUUCCUCUGUUCGCAAUUGCAAAAAAAAAAAGAUUUAUGACACGAUUACCCUCGAUUACGAAAAAAGCAGCAUUUUUAUUUGACGUACGACAUAACUUUCCAAACGAAACUUUUCACCGAUUCGUGCGCAAAUUUGUGCAAUUUCUGCACAAAAAAUGUUCAGUGCGAGAAAAGGUAUCCAAGUUCGAGGGAAAUUGUGCUAAGAUUUUUUAAUUAAGCCGUUCUUCGAGUAAGUGGACGUUUUAACUUAUUGCUGGCAGGCCCGGCUAAUUUCGAAAAGUGCGACGUAUUGCUAGGUGAUUAUGUGAUAGUAGGAAAGAGGAAUACACCGAAAGUGUAUCGUGACUCCGAAAGGCGAUCGGCAAACAUUACGUAUGCGGAUCAUUCGAUUCCUUAUCUACCACGAGAAUGAGAACGGAGGAGCGAUAACGCGCCAUAUCAGAAUAAUAUAAUUAUUUGAAAACAUUCGACCAGAACACGUCGAGGUCCGGUCUAAGAUUUAUUUUCCGAACAGGGAACGAAGUUUUUGAGAAUAAAAAAAACGAUAACCAGUCCCGAAAGAAUUGUCAACGCUGUCCGAUGCAUCGUCGAUCCAUACUGUUGUUGACAUUGACAAUUAAGGCCGUCAAUUACUUCGGAAAAUGCGUGCCGGAAGUCAUUCCCGAAAAGAAAAGACUCACCUUGAGCGUAAAAACGCGGAAAACGGGAAAUUGAAACGCGUGAAAAAGUACUUGCACGAGGUAACUUAAAUUUUAAUAAGUAACUUUGAGUAAAAGACAUACGUAGAGUUAGUCCGUGUAAUUAAAAAUCGAGCCAAUGAUUUUCUUGUACACUGAGAAAAGAACAUUCGCGGUACCAAGAAAAAUACAUUGCCAAUUCGAGGAAUAAUUAUUUGGCUGAAAUGAACUCAAAAAAGAAAAAGGUCAUAAUUCCAAAAAAGCGUUACAUCCAAUUCAUUCGAGUUUGACAUGGUGAAUAAUUAUUCCGUAAAUUAAGAAAAUAUUUCCCUGGUCCAAUGAAAUGUUUUCUCCUCAAUGUAGCCAUGUCGGUUAGUAUUUUUAGGAUUUACGUGCACGACUAUUUCAUGUAUUCAUAAGAGAGAUCUAUUUUUUAAUGUUCACUUUAAUUGGCCGGAAUAAUUAACAGCAUUAUCGGUCGACCUUGCAGAUAGGAAUUGUUCUGCCGAAAGUUGAAGAGGCAUUCGAGGCACUAAAAUGCCGCGUCGAGAGUCAAUAAUCGAUGAAACGUCAUGUCGAUUAGAAAUAUAAUUUGCUAGACGUAAGAGAAUCGUUUAAGAGCCAUUAAAGUAACUUCGAUGUAUGUAUUUUCGGUGGCCUAAAGUUGAAUCUGUACCGUACCUACACCUACAUACGGUACGAAACGAGAGGAGCAUUUUUCUCAAUAAACUCGUGAAAUACAUUUUUUCAUAAAAAAAAAAAAA